AUGAUAGUACUAAUUGAAGUAAAUAUUGAAACAUUAAUAGGUGAUGUUUAUGGAAAUGAUUUUGAUUCAUUAUUAUGUGUGUUCAAAGGAUAUUUUAUGGCUUCAAUAUGUUGUACUAUAUAUCAUGCUUUUGUGACACAGGCUUUCUUUCGUCUUUGUCUUAUUGUAUAUUCAAACCAUAGAUGGCUCCAACAGUAUUGGUUCUAUAUUAUCAUCGGGCCUAUUCAAGUAGUAAUAGCCUUUACUCUUCUGUCUCCUCUUGUCAUUUGGCAUGAUAUACACUAUUUGCCCAAGGAGCAUUAUUGUUAUAUUCCAUUCACGAACCUUCGUGAUACACUUUGGCUUGUAUUCGGUGUCUAUAGUAUUCCUGUUUCAAGCUUGUCGAUCAUUUAUCUGCGUAUUACAAUAUUUAUUCGUCAACAGACAACUAAUCAAAGAUUAGUAGUGAGACGACGAGUAGAUCGAGAUAUAUCAGCCAUUCGACGUAUAAUUUUAAAUAUUAGUAUAUUACUUAGCCUUGGACUUCCAACUGUAGCUCUUCUUUUGAUGUUAGUUAUCACGGGUGUCGAACAUCCAUUAAUCUAUCGUACCAUGUGGAUUGCUGUUGAAGUCGGUGGCGCGAUACUAAGUGUCCAAAUGGUACUUAUGACACCUCAAUUAAAGACUAUUUUUAUAAAUCGAUGGCUACGAAAUAGAGUGGUACCUGCUGCACGCCCCCUUCAAAUGAGGGUUACUACAACUGUUGAAUAA